AUGCUGCUGCUCUCCAGUCACACUGUGGAGGACCCCCCGUCCCCCUGUCCCCCUGGUCUGGGACACUCUAGACACCUUGGGGAGAGUGGGUCAGGGAAGACUGAGGCCACUAAACUGGUGCUGCGUUACCUAGCAGCAAUACACCACAAACACAACGUUACACAGCAGAUUCUUGAGGCGGCUCCUCUUCUGGAAUCAUUUGGAAAUGCCAAAACAGUUCGCAACGACAACUCCAGUCGCUUCGGGAAAUACGUGGAGAUCUAUCUGGAGGAGGGUGUGAUCAGCGGUGCCAUAACCUCUCAGUAUCUGAUGGAAAAGUCCCGGAUAGUCUUCCAGGCCAAAGAUGAGAGGAACUACCAUAUCUUCUAUGAGAUGCUGUCAGGUCUUCCCCCCCAACAGAGACAGGCCUUCUACCUGCAGGACGCUGAAACUUACUAUUACCUUAACCAGGGAGGGGAUUGUGGGAUAGCAGGAAAGAGUGACAGGGAGGACUUCCUGCGUCUGUUGGCUGCCAUGGAGAUCCUUCACUUCACCCCUGACGACCAGGCGUCCAUCUUUAGAGUCCUGUCUUCUAUUCUACACCUGGGGAAUGUCUACUUCCAAAGAUACGAGGCUGAUGGCCAGGAGGUGGCGUCUGUGGUCAGUGCUCAGGAGAUCAGAGUUGUAGCUGAACUGCUCCAGAUAUCCCCUGAGGGACUACAGAAGGCCAUUACACACAAAGUCACGGAGACCAUGAGGGAGAAGAUCUACACCCCUCUGACUGUAGAGAGUGCUGUAGACGCCAGAGAUGCUGUUGCCAAAAUCCUGUACUCUCUGUUGUUCCGCUGGCUGACUGAGAGGAUUAAUGGACAGGUCUACCCUCGACACCACGCUCUGUCAAUAUCUAUACUGGAUAUAUAUGGCUUUGAGGACCUGUCCUUCAACAGCUUUGAGCAGCUCUGUAUUAACUAUGCUAAUGAGUACCUGCAGUUCUUCUUCAAUAGGAUCGUCUUCAGAGAGGAACAGGAGGAGUACAGCAGGGAACAGAUCCCGUGGCAGGACAUCCUGUUCAGCGACAACCAGGCCUGCAUCGACCUCAUCUCCUCUAAGCCCCACGGUAUACUGAGGAUCCUGGACGACCAGAGCUGCUUCCCCCAGGCGACAGACCACACCUUCCUCCAGAAGUGUCAUUAUCACCAUGGUAACAACCAGAUCUACCUGAAGCCAAAGAUGCCCCUCCCAGAAUUCACCAUCAAACACUUCGCUGGCCCGGUCACCUACCAGGUUCACAAGUUUCUGGAUAAGAACUACGACCAGGUUGGACAGGAGGUUCUGGAUCUGUUCAGCCACAGCAAGAACAAGAUGGUGGCCAACCUCUUCCUGGUUCACGCGGAGGUCGUAGGUCAGCAUAGAGGUCACGCGAGGAAGAGCAGCACGGUGACCCGGAGACACCAGCCCCCCACCGUCUCCACCAAGUUCACCCUAUCGCUACUGGAGCUGGUAGACAAGAUGCAGAGGUGCAACUCCUCGUUUAUACGCUGCAUUAAGCCAAACGGUCAGAAGGAGCCAGGUGUGUUUGAGACGGAGCUAGUCAGCAGGCAGCUGAGGUAUUCUGGUAUCCUGGAGACCAUCAGGAUCCGGAGAGAGGGAUACCCUGUUAGACUGGCCUUCAAUGUCUUCCUGUUCAGGUAUAAGUCUCUGGUGGGGUUGAAGCAGCCUCCAGCUCCUGAUGGGGAGAACUGUGUCAUCAUGCUCAGCAAACUGGUUCCCCUCCGACCCGGGGCGUACCAAGUAGGAGUUACUAAGCUGUUUCUGAAGGAGGAUGUGUACCAGUUGUUGGAGUCUAAGAGAGAGCGUGUCCGUCAGGUGGCGGCCCUCACCCUGCAGAGAUACACACGCAUGUUCUUCGUCAGGAAACGAUACAAGGAGUUCAGAACCAAGAUCAUCAGACUACAGGCCCACUGUAGAGGCUUCCUCACUAGGAAGCGCUAUUUAAAGAUGAAAAAGAGUCUGGUCAAGUUCCGUUCUCUCAUCCACAUGUACGUCAACCGCAAGAGAUACGUCAAGAUGAAGCUGGAGGCCCGCAGGAAAGCAGAGGAGGAGAGAAGGAGGAGAGAGGAGGAGCUGACGAAGAGAGAAGUGGUUAACGUCACACACCUGGUGAUCCCUGCCGAGCUCGGUUAUUUACUGCAGGCUGCAGCAGGUGGCAGGGAGCUCCACUCUGACUGUCUAGCUCUGGUCCAGGCACCACACAUCCAGGAGGAGAAGCAGCUGACUCUGCCUCUGGACAUCAACAACUUCCCCUUCAGCCGCUACGUCCGGCUCUACUUCAGGGAGCCUAAGUUUGGGAUGCUAACGGUUCCCUUGGAGAUGACCCUGACGCGUACGGACGACGCCCUCCAACAGGAAGCUCUGGAGCUGUUCAUUAUGAUCCUGAGGUUCAUGGGCGACCCCCACCUGAACGGGGCUCAGGAGAACCUGUUUGGGAACUACAUCAUCCAGAGAGGACUGGCCAAUCAGGGCCUGCGAGACGAGAUCCUGGCUCAGCUGGCCAACCAGGUGUGGCGGAACCCUAACCAUGACAACGCAGAGAGAGGCUGGCUGCUGCUGCUGGGGUGUGUCUGCUGCUUCCCCCCCUCCACCAGCCUGCACACACACCUACUGAAGUAA